AUGCCAACCCCAACUAAACUUGGAUUAUCAAGUAACAUGCCAUCUUUCACAAGUGGGACAAGACCUGGUGACAAUUCAAAAGAUCGUAUGAAUGAACUCUUCAAUGAUUUUAAAAGGUUAAAUAUCCAAGAUUCCAACAUUGCAAAGAAUGCUUCAUCAAAUAGGAUUACUCAUAUUGAUCUUUCUGCUGCUAAUGAUGAAAAUAGGAAACCAGUUAUCGUUACUUCUAAAUCUUCAGGUCCCAAUGAAAAGAAGCCUACAUCACCUUUCAACUUAUCAUCAAAUCUGGUUGAAUCUUUAGAACUGACACAUAGACAUCAAGAUCGUACCAAAGUGAAUUCAAUGAAAGAGAAUGCACUAUUAUACGGUAACGGGAGCCAUAGCUAUGAAAACAAUACUACUGUUACACUUUAUGUUGGUGAUUUAGAUCAAAAAGUUACUGAAAAAUCACUUUCAUCAUUGUUCACAAAAUAUGAAUCAUUUUUAUCAGCUAAACUUUGUUAUUCCCCUACAACAAGAUUAUCUUUAGGUUAUGGAUAUGUUAAUUUCUCAAGUGAUACAGAUGCAAACAGAGCUACUGAAGACCUAAACUACACCCUUGUUGCAAAUAAGGAGAUCAGGAUAAUGCCUUAUGUCAAGGGGAAAGAUAAAUCAUUUAUGAGCACCAACGUGUUUGUGUCAAAUUUAAACACAAGGGAAUUGACAUUACGUUUAUUUUAUGAGAGAUUCAGACAUGUUGGUAAAAUUUUGUCAUGUAAACUUGAUGUUCGUAAAAGACAAGGGUUCAUUUCAUUUGAAAGUAAAGAUACAGCAGAAGAUUUUGUCAAAAAUUAUAACACUGCUUUAAUUGAUGGUUGCAAUAUUCAUUGUUCAAUCCAUAUUCCUAAGUCUUUGAGAAAUUUCAGCUCAGAUUACAAUGGUGGUGAAGUAUCAAAAUCACAAAGUUAUUCAGAGAGUCUGAAAUCAAUUAAGCCUUCUCUUGUUAAAUCAAACACAGAAGAAUCCCUUACCACUAUCGUUCAUACACCAAAGAGACCUGAAAACGAAUCUCAUCCUAAAGAUGAAGAAUUUAACCAAAUUUAUGUUAAAGGCUUACCAAUCACUGUUACAGAUGAUGAAAUUGAUGCAAUCUUUGAACCUUUUGGUCGUAUAAUGGAAAUAUAUAAAGAAACAGUCGCCAAUUUCAAAUCCACAUGGUGUCUUGUUACAUUUGAAACCCACCAAAGUGCAGUUAACGCCAUUGAGAAUUGCCAUAAAGUCAGCUAUAAAGGUAAAAAUAUCACUUGUGUUAAAGCAUUGAAGAAAGCUGAACGUCAAAAAAUAUUGAAUUCAAAACCUAUCCUGCAGACACCAUCACCACCAAAACAACUUUUUAAUGAAAGAGAAUCGAAUAAUAGCUUCACUCAGAUCCAUGAAAAAGCCAAUAAGGUUAACUCUACUAAUUUAUUCGUUUAUAAUCUUCCUCAUUCCGUAAAUGAAAAUUUUUUCAAGUUAUUUUUGAGAAGCUAUACUUUAGAUGGCAGAGUAAUCAAGUUUUCAUUUCAAAGGGGGGCCAAUGAAAAUUAUAUCGAAUUUGAGAAAAAGUCAGAUGCUGUCACAAUUCACCAAAAACUCAACGGUGUCAACUUAUCAGGCCUUAUUAUUCAAACUAGUCUUAUUCAGUUAGAUGAUGGUGUUAAGAAUCAAGAGUCAAAAAAAAACCCAGACAAAUAUCAACGAAAAGUAAUUGAAAAUAAUGAUAUGAACAACUUUCAGAAUAAAUCAAAGGAGCAUAUUCAUCAACAACAUACAAAUUUUUAUCCAUUUGAUCGUUCUUCUAAUUUCCAUUCAAAUCCAGCUUCUCCACCGAUCGCUGGUUACCAGGCACCUUCACUGAGUACAUACAGUUCAAUCCACUCACUGAUGAACUCCAUUCCAAGCCUGUCUACAUACCCAAGCACUGAAAGCACUUCAGCUAAUCCCGUUGUCCAAAAUAUAAAUGGUAAACCUUACAGGCUUAUUCCAGUUUCAAAUACACCAAGUCUUAAUGAAAAGUCUCUCAAUAACCUUGAGCAAAAAAGAGCCCAUAGCCUUUUAAAUUAUCAUGACCUUUAUUCUACAUCAUAUGACCCAAAGUUGAGUGAAUCUUUACAAAAAGACCUUGAAAAGUUAGCAUUACGUCAGAUUGAUUUCCUUUCUUACCCAUCCGCUACAAGACCAAAUAACUUGAGAAAGAUCUUGAAUUAUAUGUUUAUGACUUUUUGGGACAAUAGUGUGGAUGAUGUUGAAUCAUUUGUCAAAUCAGUCGAGACACAUCCUGAAUAUGUCCACUUGUUCAAAGGUAGGUUGAUUGCUGCCAUUAAAAUUCUUGGGUAUGAAAGAUAG